CCAAUCCCCCCCGGUUAUAGAUGUCAACACAAGGAACAUAUUCCAAUCGGGUGGGCAUGAGCUGAUUGCACCACGCAAAAAGAGGAAACUCGAAUUCGUAAAAUGCGAUCAGUGUCGCAAAGAUAAGCAGAAGUGCCUGCCCGUGGGUCGAAGCGGUUCACAGCCAUGUAACAGGUGUAGGGUGAAGGAUUUCGUGUGCUCCGAAGGGAAGAAAGUACAACGCAGAUCUAGAAUCACUGCGCCUCCGAUGCAUCUUUCCACAUCUUCGUCUGGCCCUCCGGGCACUAUUAGCAUUGAAGACUGGUCUUUUCUGGUCGUAUAUCGAUCGAUGAUUACUCGUGCAAUAGACGCCGAAGAAGGGCUUUUGACCGAAGCUGCAUCUCAUUUCGAAAUGAAUACCUUCCCGCCGCACAGUUCCGAGUUCAAUGACGGAGGGACCCCAUUCAAAGUCUUCCUUGAUAAUUUGAGUGAUUACAUUCAUCAAAAAGCUACCCAACUUUCUCCGUGUUCUGAGGGUGAAGACAGAUAUUCAAUCUUGCCAGCAUUGUUUACACAUAUCUUCCUGGAGCCAGUAUAUCACCCCUACGAUCUUAUGGAGUCCGACUCGCGUAUCAACAUAUGCGAUAGAAUACUCGAAUCACACAACACUGCAGCUCGCUUUAUCGCCCUUCAACACCACCUGGACCACUCGCUGGACCGACCUCCUACACCUGAAGAAAGAAGGGUUCUCUGGGAUGCAAACGAAAGAGUAUGUACUCAAGCAAAAGAGGUUCUGAGCUCUGCCGGCCUUUUGAAGUUCAUGCCAUCUAUUGCACGAGACCACCCUUCAUACAUGUCAUCAUUCAUUCUGACGCGUAUGGACAAAGGUGUCCAUGAUGCGCGAGAAUUGAAGUGGUACGACUGUAUGGGACGGAAUAUCUUGUUACGCUUCGCAGGUUAUUCGGAUGAGGAGACUCUUCUCAAGCUUCUGCCCGAUUUUGAAGAACUUAUACGAAGUAGUCAUGACAGCCACCACGAGACCCUUGCUCAGCUACUGAAUCAAACGGAUUCUCUCGGUCGGACAAUACUUCAUGUUGCUUGUCAAAGAGGAAUGCCUAGUUUCGCGAAGAAGUUACUGGAUUACGGUGCCUGUCCCGACAUCACCACAAUAUUUGGAUCAUCCCCAUUGCAUUAUGCCUGUGCAUCAAAAUCCAAUCGCGCUGAUAUAUGCAUAAUUCUACUCGCUAGGGGUCUCACAGACCCACAUAAAAAGGACGAUUGGGGGCAUACCCCGAUUCAUUAUGCAGACAAGAACGGUCAGGUUGACAAAAUGAUGUCCAUUCUGCGAACUGGAAGAGCAUGCACACCCGAGGAUGGAUAUGAAACGUUGAUUGAUGCGGUGAAAACCGGGAACCGCUCGGUAGUCGGACGAUUGUUAGCUGCAGGGGCAACUCCUCUCUACGGGUCUCCGGUCUCGCGCUCACUAUUGCUUGACGCGAUCGAUUUCAAGCAAGUGAGCUCUUUACAAGCUUUGUGCGAAGCAUAUCCAAACGUGUUAUUCAAAGGGUCCAAUUGGAUGCCAGAAAACCCGUUGACACAUGCAGUUUCCAGACAGUAUUAUGAUGGAGUGGAAUAUCUCUUGAAACAAGACAAUGUCGAUGUCAAUGGCAAGGAUUAUCUUGGCAGGUACGCUUUGGAAAUUGCGGUUGCUCACGCCAAUCGCCAGAUAUUGCGAUUGCUGCUUGAACAUCCGAAGAUUGAUCUUUAUAUUAGAAGCGAGUCGGGCAAAGGGAUUCUCGAGAUUGCGAAGGACUACCGUAUACGAGGUAUGAUUGUAGAUGCGAGGAAGGAGCUCUUUAACCCCACUGGAAUGGGGGCAGAUACAAUGAGGAGCUAG